CGUAAAAUAGGGAUACCUUUAAUACCAAUUGAUGGGAUCGGGUCUCGCCAGAUGGACCGACUCUAUUAUCAAUUGAUGGGAUCCUAACACAGCGGCCGUAUUGUGCUUUCUGCAAAAUCCGAACACAAAAUGCGACCAACGUCUCUGCAUUCCAAUUUCUUCUCAUCUCUGAAGCAGGUUGAGAAAAGAUUGAAGCUUGAAAGCCCAACACAACCCUUCAAUUUACCACAUGUGGGCACUAAUGACACAUCGACAGAAUCUCUAAGUACGCCGAUAUAUCUCCACAUCGAAGAAGAACCCAACAGCAAUAACUCAACGACUCUCCAAGAAAGCAGUGAGCCUCCACCAGCUUUCCUAUCAUCUUCUAUGCACUCCUCAUCAACUAAUCAAAACCCACAUCAAGAAAUCCCCCAAGAACAGCCCAAAACCAUCAAUGGGAGUAAAACUACUAGUGUUGAUGAUAUUGAACUGUUAAUGCAGCUAUUGGGAUUGUCAGAUUUUGAUAAAGGAAACCAUGAAAAAGAAAGUUUUUGUGAUGAUUCUUGUAGAUGUGAGGGUGGGUUUUAUGAGAAGAUUGUUGGAGCUAAGGGGCCCAAGUGUAAAAAGGAAGUGGAGAGAUUGGAGGGGUGGAUUAGGUACUAUUUACAGGAUGGUGGUGGAGAAGAGAAGAGGGAGCCAUUGAGGUUGGCUUUUUUGCUGUUGGGUAAGGCUAAUUUUGAGUCGGAAAAUGGAGAUGGUGCUAGUUUUGGUGGCUUGGACAUCGAGUUCCCUUCAGCAAUUGAGGAGUUUCUGAAGUAUGAUCCACCAAGAGAAUCAAAUUGAGGCAUCACAUUCUUGUGUGGUUUAUUUCUGUAGUUUAUGUUGCCCCGUGGGCAUAGGCAAUUUUAGAUUAUGAGAAAAAUAUGUUGAAUCUGAUUGUGGAAAUGUUCACAUAAAAGAGUCCUGAGAAUUUUCUCUUC